CCUCCCUCCCUGCCCCCGGCUCCGCACACAGAACCACACACGCACACCCCCUCCCCUGCCUCCCUCCCCGCGCGCCGCCCGCCCCGCCGGCCCCGCUCGCCCUCGCGCGCUCGGAAGGGAGUCGCGAGACGUCGGAGCGGCGGCCACGUAGCGCUGCGGCGGCGGCGGCGGCGGCGGCGGCGGCCGAGGCCGGGUCUGCGGAGCGGCCCUGAGGACAGACGUUGGGCGGGGGGAGGGGCCGGCCCGGCCGGCGGUUGUUACUCGAGCGCCGCGGCUACAGGCCCCCCGCCGCAGGGAUGGACCGCCGAGGCGGCGGUCGGGGCGGCGGAGGCGGAGGCGGCCGGCCAGGAUAAGAUGCUCCAAGUCAAUUGCAGCUCCCUUCAGAAGAAAAGUCACUAGCGCUCUGCUCUUGCCAUAAUACCAAACCUUCUGACUUACGCUUCGGUGCUGCCACACUGGAAGAAUUGCACACAGGUUCCAGGAAUACCUUUUUUUUUUUUUUUUUGAGUGAUUCUUUGUGGAUGGAAAAAGAUUUGAGUCUUAAUAAUUACCCUGUUUUAAAGCUAUUUCUCUACAGUCUGAUCUGCGUUCUGCAUCGGGCCGCUCCCCCAUGAGCCACGCAGCCAGCUCUCGCCAGGAGCGGGUGGAAAGCUGCGCUGUGCAUGCAGCAGGGAUGGCCCAAGAAGAUAGCCGUCGGGCUCCAGUGCCAUCUGCCUUUUAUCAUGGUGCCAACCAAGAACUUGACCUGUCCACCAAAGUGUACAAAAGGGAAUCGGGAAGUCCUUAUUCUGUGUUAGUGGACCCCAAGAUGAGCAAGCCCCAUCUCCACGAAGCCGAGGAACAGCCGUAUUUCAGGGAGCCAAGGGCAGUGUCUGACGUGCAUGCUGUUAAGGAAGACCGGGAGAAUUCUGAUGACACGGAGGAGGAGGAGGAGGAGGAGGUUUCUUACAAAAGGGAGCAGAUCAUAGUGGAGGUAAACCUUAAUAACCAAACGUUAAAUGUAUCUAAAGGGGAAAAGGGUGUCUCUUCUCAGUCCAAAGAGACUCCUGUUCUUAAGACAAGCAGCGAGGAGGAGGAGGAGGAGAGUGAGGAAGAGGCCACCGAUGACAGCAAUGACUAUGGAGAGAACAGAAGGCAGAAGAAGAAGGAGAAGACAGCGGAGAAGGCCAGCGUCACACACAGGAGAACCAGGAGAGCCAGCUCCGUGGCCACGGCCACCACUUCCCCAACUCCCAGGACAACAAGAGGGCGUAGGAAGAGCGUAGAGCCGCCUAAGCGUAAGAAGCGGGCUGCCAAGGAGCCCAAAGCGCCGGUCCAGAAAGCUAAGUGUGAAGAGAAAGAGACUCUGACCUGUGAGAAGUGCCCCAGGGUGUUUAAUACUCGCUGGUACCUGGAGAAGCACAUGAACGUUACUCACAGGCGCAUGCAGAUUUGUGAUAAGUGUGGCAAGAAGUUUGUCCUGGAAAGUGAGCUGUCCCUUCACCAGCAAACAGACUGUGAAAAAAAUAUCCAGUGUGUUUCCUGUAACAAAUCAUUCAAGAAACUCUGGUCCCUUCAUGAGCACAUCAAGAUCGUCCAUGGAUAUGCAGAAAAGAAGUUUUCCUGUGAAAUUUGUGAGAAGAAAUUCUAUACCAUGGCUCAUGUGCGGAAACACAUGGUUGCACACACGAAAGACAUGCCAUUUACAUGCGAAACCUGUGGAAAGUCGUUCAAACGCAGCAUGUCCCUCAAGGUGCACUCCUUGCAGCAUUCCGGAGAGAAGCCCUUCAGAUGCGAGAACUGUGACGAAAGGUUUCAGUACAAGUACCAGCUACGUUCCCACAUGAGCAUCCACAUUGGGCACAAACAGUUCAUGUGCCAGUGGUGUGGCAAGGAUUUCAACAUGAAGCAGUACUUCGACGAGCACAUGAAAACACACACUGGAGAGAAACCCUUUAUCUGUGAAAUCUGUGGCAAAAGCUUCACCAGCCGCCCCAACAUGAAGAGGCACCGCAGAACUCACACAGGCGAGAAGCCCUAUCCGUGUGACGUGUGUGGCCAGCGGUUCCGCUUCUCCAACAUGCUUAAGGCCCACAAGGAGAAGUGCUUUCGGGUGACCAGCCCCGUGAAUGUGCCACCUGCUGUCCAGAUCCCACUCACAACUUCCCCGGCCACCCCAGUUCCUUCUGUGGUGAACACACCCACGACCCCCACCCCUCCGAUCAGUAUGAAUCCUGUGAGCACUCUUCCCCCCCGGCCCAUCCCCCACCCCUUCUCACACCUCCACAUCCACCCACACCCUCACCACCCCCACCACCUCCCCAUCCCUCCGGUCCCUCACCUCCCCCCACCUCCAGCUCUCUUUAAGAGCGAGCCUUUAAAUCAUAGAGGCCCAGGUGAGGACAACUUUCUGCGGCACCUGGCCGAGAAGAACAGUUCAACACAGCAUCAUUAACAUCCAUCUCCUUAAGUGUGUCCUCCACGAGUUGUGUGCCCGUGUGAGUUUGCAGAGGGAGUUGGUGAGCAUUUCUGUAGCUGUCAGACUCUCCUCAGCCUCCACCAAGAGCUUUGUCAUUGUCUUGGUGAGUCAACACAUCCAAGGGAAUGAACGCGAAGACCACCUUGAGCUCAUGGAGGGAACUGUCAUCUAAACCAGGGGAACCACCGAACUAAAGCCCAAUUUGCUUGCAUUUUCUGGUGACUUUUAUAAAUUUCAAAUACUCAGACUUGUGGAAUUUUAUAAUUUCAUAUCAGCUGAUGAGGUAUGCUUGCUUUUAUAUCCCGGACUUCUCCUCAAAGAGGGGACAGGCCUGGUUUCCUUUGUACUAAUCGGGAAGGCUGUGAGAUUAAUCCAGAGCAUUAAUUGUAUCACUGUGUAUCGUAACAAAUUCUUUUCAGCUUUUGGUGCUGGCUUCAGAAUGGAGCCGGCCGUGUUUCCCAGUAUAUCCAGCAUUAUAGAGAAAGACGGGAAGUUUCUUCUUUGUGUAGCUCUCCUAACGCACUCUUUAUUUUACUACAGAAAUUAUUUUAGAGUUUUUGUAUGGACUUCUUUAGUGGUCUGUUUCUAAAAUGAAAUGUAUUUCAAUAAGCGGUGUAAUUUUUUCAGUGUAGCUGGGCCUAUGUUGUAAAAUAGAAAAAAAAUUUUUAUAAUCAUCAAAAUGUGAUUCUUAAAGAUGCAUAUAACUUCUAUAGUUCAAAGUUAUUCUUACAUCCGUACAACUCAAAGGUGCUUCAGAGACUAGCUGUAUCUGAGAGGGUCUCCAGACACCAGGUUACUGCACGGUGAGGUUUUGCUUUCAGAACUUGGCGUAAGUCCUUACUAGUUUUUCAAAUCUCCGCAUCACACUCAAGUGUCAGUGUGUUAGGCUUGUUGACAUGCUCCUGUCCUCCGCGUUUCACUUGGUGGGGUCACCGCAUUAAAUGGAACGAUUGGCAAGGAGUUGGAUCUUUCCCAGGGAAGUCACCUAAAGCUUGCGGGUUUUAAAACUCUGAGUCAAGCUGUUCACUGUCAGGAGGAGGAAGCGGGUGGUGGGGGGGGUGGUGUCCUCAGUCAUGGCUGUUUCUCACUGUCCCCAGAGCUUGCCCGUGUUCCACCUGUGGCGACGACAAAUGGAAGUCUCAUGAUACACUGCUUGUUUUGAGGUUGCUGUGUUUUUCUAGAAUUGUUGUGACAAGAUAAAAUAGUACACUAAAAUCACAAACAUGAUGUUGCUGACAGUAGCUGAGAAGUUGGCAUGAGAACAAAUUGACUGUGAGUUUUCAAAUGUCUCUUCAUCCAUGGAUCUAUCCACAACUUUGAGCUAUUCUAUCACAGUUUAAAUUGUAGCGAGGGAAAGAAAACUACAUUUUGCUGCCCAGUUCUCUGCAGGUAAUUAUGUGACACAGUGUUGACAGGUGGUGAGGGCAGCGUCUCUAACACCUUUAAGACAGGUUACUUUUCCAGGUUUGGGAAGCUUCGAAAGAGUACGAUCAAUCAGGAGCUUAUAUAGGAAAGGCUGAAGAGAAGGGCUAACCUAUUGCUCAUAUUUAACUGAUCAGAUUUCUCCAGACUCAGUAUAGCUAAAAAUUGUGUAUUUUUUUUUUUCAUCUCAGAGAACUGAGUUCCAAAGCUAGGUCUGCUUUCUUUCUCUCUCUCCCUCUGUGUUUUAAUCUGGACAUUUCUUCAUUUUUCUUUCCUCAGGCUCUUAGAUCAUUGCCUAAAUCAGAACCCUGGCUUUUAUUUAUUUUUAAUUUUUAAUAUUAAAUGUGCAGAUAUGCUUCAAGCACUUUUCUGGCUGAUUAGCUCUGUGGUAGGAAAAAAUGGAACUCUCAAGUGAGGUCAAGUCCCUGUUUUGUAAAUAUCACGUUCUCUACUAGCUUUUUGGUUUAAAAUUUCCACACUUUUUCCUUUUGAUUAUUGCCUUUCCUCUUCUAUGAUGAGCAUAGGAAAAUUUUGGAAUGAGGCAGAAAAGUAGCCCAAGACCUACUUUUCUUCCUGUUUGUGGAUAUAAUUCCAAAAGAAUGUUAUUUUAAAUCUUUGUAUACAGUUUUUGGACACCCGGGUACCCAAACCGAUAAGGAAAGUUAAUUUCUUGUUUGUGACCAUUAUUUCUUUAGUGGCUGCCACCUCUUACUCCACAAUCUCCUUCCCAUUCCAUGAAAAGUUUGUGGGUGGAUCUACACCUUCAUGUAGAUGUAUCAUUACUUAAUGGCCAAGCCUAUAAUAUUAAGAUGGUUUUUUUAAAGAUGUAAAUUGCAACUUAAUUAAUUGGUUAUAGUACCUUAUUUUAUUCUACAUAAAUUUACCAUAUUGGGCAGCAAUUCUGAAUUCCAGACUUGAGACCAUUAAAUCAACCAUUUUAUGAAGUGUACUAUAAUUAUACACUGGAAAAUUCAGGUAGUCAUAUUUGAUUUUUUCAUCCAAGUGAAUAUAGCCAUAAGAAAAUGCCUACUACAUAGGAAAACCAGUAUUAAGCAAAUAAUCACCACCACCCUUAACAGAAGCAAAAAAAAGGAUUUUUUUUUUUUUUAAAUCAGCAUUGUCACAUAAUACAAUUCACGGUGAAAUGUAUUGUGGAACAAUCUGAAAACCUCUACUUUUUUUUUUCCCCUAGAUAAGUAUUACCUUCCCUGACUUGGGAUUUGUGGUCUUCAGGAACACUGCUCAGAACAUAAUGACUCCUCAUCAGUGUCAUAUCACAUAUAAAUAAUGAAAUGCAUUAAGAAUAUUUGCAACAUUCGUGCUUCUGAAUACAAGAACUGCAGGAUUAAGCCUUAAACAUAUAUGUGCAUCAGGUUUAAUGUGCUUAAGACUCGAACUCAGGGUUGGAAAUUUGAUUGGGGUCCUUCACUAGGAUGAAAGUUGCAUUCUGUGGUGUGUUGCCUCUGACAGAGAGCACAGCUCCCUGUGACUUCAGAACUUCAUGCCUGCUUGCUAUCUGUUUAUGAAAAAAAGAACCGUGGAGGAGUUUGAGUUCUCAGCCCUUAUCUGUCCUUCGUCUUUUAAAGACAACAAAGGCCACAUUUCAGCGUUAUAUAGAUAUCCAAUUGAGGCUUUUUCUCAUUACUUAAUUUUACUGUCCUCAAAGGCUUGUAUCGUGGGUAGGGUUAAGGCUUACUCGAGGAAAAUCCCCCAAGGACUUUCUUGAGCUGACAUUGCUUUUUUUUUUUUCUUUUUCUAUGCUUUUCUUGUAGAUUUAUCAUUCAAAUAUGAACUCUUCCUUAGCCUUAACGAAAGGCUGCUUGCUGCUUUCUCAAAUUGAGUCAGGUAGGCUCAUACUGAGUUAGAUUUUUUAAUUUGAAUGAAGAAAAUAGGAUGAAAAGUUUAAAGGCACGUGGCUUCAUUUCCAUGUAUAUUUGUGAUUUGAUUCUUAUUUUUUAGCAAGCCGGGAGUCUCCACAUAAGACUUUAUGGAAGUUCAAAGAAAUCUUUUGCAAGUCAGUUAUGUAUACUUUCACAGUCUACCAUUUACAUGAAUUGUUCUAAAUUGAUGACUGAGCAUGACAUUACCGUGGUUGUACCAUCUUUUUAAAAACUACCUUUGUUUGGAAGUACCUUUUCAUUGUGGUUAGAGGCUCCCUGUAAUUUGAUUGUCCCUAGGAUACUAACUGAAGCCAAAAUACGCUAAAGAAACGCUCGUCGACUGAA